GUGCACGCGAGGACCAGGCAAGAAGGAGGGGGGGCGCUCGUGCACGCGCGGGGAGGGAGGCGGGCGCGCGCUUCGGAGGAGGCAGCAAGAAGCAGCAGCAGCAGCAGAAGCAGCAGCCGAAGCAGGCGGUGGGGCUCAGUCUCUGCAAGCCCCCCAAACCCUGGGUGGGGAGCAUGAGAGGGGGCGUCCAGAGCAGAAGCAGAGGCUCCUUUUGAAGCCCCAUCAUCCCCACUCCAGCCUCACCAGGAGCCAAGGCUGCAAGGAAGGAAAGGCCAGGUCUGAAGCUGACACUUCGCCAAGAUGCCCUUGGUAAAACGAAACAUCGAGCCGCGCCAUUUGUGCCGUGGAGCCCUUCCGGAUGGAGUCACCAGUGAGCUGGAAUGCGUCACCAACAGCACUUUGGCCGCCAUCAUUAAGCAACUGGGAAGCCUCAGCCGACAUGCUGAAGACAUCUUUGGAGAACUCUUCAACGAAGCCAAUGGUUUCUACUUACGGAUGAAUUCCCUCCAGGAGCGAGUGGACCUCCUGGUCAUCAAGGUCACUCAAUUGGACUCCACGGUGGAGGAAGUCUCAUUGCAGGACAUCAACAUGCGGAAGGCAUUCAAGAGCUCAACCAUCCAGAACCAGCAAGUGGUGUCCCGCAACUCGAUCCCUAACCCUGUGAUGGAGAUGUACCAGCGCUGCGACAAACCUCCGCCGCUCAACAUCCUCACGCCAUAUAGGGAUGACAAGAAAGAUGGCUUGAAAUUCUACACUGAUCCUUCAUAUUUCUUCAACUUGUGGAAAGAGAAGAUGUUGCAAGCCACGGAAGAUAAGCGGAAAGAGAAACGCAGGCAGAAGGAGCAGCGCUUGGUGGAGGACUCCACUCGGGAAGUGAAGAAAGUGCGGAAGGCGCGCAACCGCCGCCUGGAGUGGAACAUGAUGGCCUAUGAUAAGGAGUUCCGUCCCGAUAACAGGUUCUCCCCAUCCCCAUAUCACAUGGCCUCAUCGGAAGGAUCACUGUCCCCCGACAAUAGAUCGUAUGCCUCCGAUGCCGCUGACCACUCUUACCCGGCCAGCCCUAACCACCCUGCCCAGCAGAUCCUAGCCCCGGCCUCCCACCUGGCAGCGGACAGCAAGGAGGUCCUUCUGGUGGCUCACCAAGCCCAGGAGCAUGUCUACCGAGGCCCCGCAGCCGGCAGCCGCCAGAACAGCCUCAGCCGGGCCCAGCAGCCUCAUGUGCCGCAGCCAGCAGAGACUAUGCUCAAUGGACCGCGGCCUCAGAUAGUCAAGGAUUACGGCCCGCAACAGGUGCCGAUGGCGGAAUACUUUGUGCCCCCGGCCCCUCCGCCACCUCCCCCGGUCAUCCCUUCGGCCCAAACUGCUUUCGACAGCCCUAUUGCUGCCCCUCCGGCCAUCAGCGCGGCCUCCUCUGCCCCCGGCCACCCCGCUUAUGCCCCCUCCCCGCCCCCGGCUCCCCCCUGCCCCUACUCUGCCUCUCCCCCGCAGACUGGCCCCAUGGGCCCCCCGGUGGCCCCCCCGCCGCCGCCCCCCGGCCCCCCCACCUUGACCGCCUCGCCCGCCCACUCCGCCUCCCCCCCGGCCGCAAGCGUGGAGCCCCGCAAGGCCCAGGGCGCCCUCCUCCCCAUAAGCGACGCCAGGAGCGACCUCUUGGCCGCCAUCCGAAGAGGAAUCCAGCUCCGGAAAGUCCAAGAGCAGUGGGAGCAGGAGGCAAAGAAGGAGCCGGUGGGCAACGACGUGGCCACGAUCCUCUCCCGCCGGAUCGCCGUGGAGUACAGCGAGUCGGACGACGACUCCGAGCUGGAGGAGAACGAGUGGUCGGAUUGAGAGAGGGCGCGGAGGGUCCGCUCAACCCUCCCUCCGGCCCCUUUCCCCUGGCCAGGUGUGUGCGUGUGCGUGUGCGUGUGCACGUGGGGUUGGCCAACCUUGCUGCCGUGGGGCCCGCCUGCUCGCCCGCCGCGGCCUCUUGCGUUCAGGAGCUUUGCUUUUGUGCCAUGUUGCAUCGUGGAACCUAUUCCCAAGUGGCCUCUCUGUGGGCAAGUGUGCAUUAGUGACUCUCGUCUUUUUGGAAAACUUUUUUAGCGGGGUGAGCUGGUUUCCCGUCUCUCCUCCUGGGUGUAAAAACCACUUCGAACAACGCUAGGGAAGCAAGCCUUGCGGUCCAUUGUACAUGGAGUUUAGUCAAGUAGACCCACUGAAUCAAUGUCCGAGGAAGAGGUCAACAUAUAGGAAAAUCCUAUUGUUAUUGUUACUAUCUCGCCCUUUUAUCCACUAUUGGGCUGCAUCUACACUGUAGAAUUAAUGCGGUUUGACACCACUGUCACUGCCCUGGCUCAAUGCUAUGGAAGCUGAUAAUGCACAAAUACAGUAGAGUCUCACUUAUUCAACAUAAAUGGUAUUAUUACAUUUAUUAUUUUACUCUAUUAUUAUUACAUUUAUUAUUGUACUCUAUUAUUGUUGCUACUACAGUAGAGUCUCACUUAUCCAACAUAAACGGGCCGGCAGAAUGUUGGAUAAGCGAAUAUGUUGGAUAAUAAGGAGAGAUUAAGGAGAAGCCUAUUAAACACCAAAUUAGGUUAUGAUUUUACAAAUGAAGCACCAAAACAUCCAUGUUAUACAACAAAUUUGACAGAAAAAUUAGUUCAAUACUCAGUAAUUUUAUGUUGUAAUUACUGUAUUUACGAAUUUAGCACCAAAAUAUCACGAUAUAUUGAAAACAUUGACUACAAAAAUGCGUUGGAUAAUCCAGAACGUUGGAUAAGUGAAUGUUGGAUAAGUGAGACUCUACUGUAGCUAUAAUAUUACAGAACAAUAAUGUAUGUGUAUAUACACUCUUGUUAUGUCUGUUAUUUGGUUCUCUCUUUAUGUCCGUUAUUUACUUCUGAUAUAGUAUACUUUGUGAGAUUAUGGCAUGGAUAUUGUACCUUUGUUUAUGAUAUCCUGAAAGCAAUUUUGUUAUAUGCAAUAUACAGUAGAGUCUCGCUCAUCCAACGUAAACAGGCCGGCAGGACGUUGGAUAAGCGAAUAUGUUGGAUAAUAAGGAGAGAUUAUGACAUGGAUAUUGUACCUUUGUUUACGAUAUCCUGAAAGCAAUUUUGUUAUAUGCAAUAUACAGUAGAGUCUCGCUUAUCCAACGUAAACAGGCCGACAGAAUGUUGGAUAAGCGAAUAUGUUGGAUAAUAAGGAGAGAUUAUGACAUGGAUAUUGUACCUUGUUUAGGAUAUCCUGAAAGCAAUUUUGUUAUAUGCAAUAUACAGUAGAGUCUCGCUCAUCCAACGUAAACAGGCCGGCAGAAUGUUGGAUAAGCGAAUAUGUUGGAUAAUAAGGAGAGAUUAUGACAUGGAUAUUGUACCUUGUUUAUGAUAUCCUGAAAGCAAUAUUGUUAUAUGCAAUAUACAGUAGAGUCUCGCUCAUCCAACGUAAACAGGCCGGCAGAAUGUUGGAUAAGCGAAUAUGUUGGAUAAUAAGGAGAGAUUAUGACAUGGAUAUUGUACCUUGUUUAUGAUAUCCUGAAAGCAAUAUUGUUAUAUGCAAUAUACAGUAGAGUCUCGCUUAUCCAACGCAAACAGGCCGGCAGAACGUUGGAUAAGCGAAUAUGUUGGAUAAUAAGGAGAGAUUAAGGAAAAGCCUAUUAAACAUCAAAUUAGGUUAUGAUUUUACAAAUUAAGCACCAAAACAUCAUUUUGACAGAAAAAGUAGUUCAAUACACAGUAAUGCUAUGUAGUAAUUACUGUAUUUACGAAUUUAGCACCAAAAUAUCACGAUGUAUUGAAAACAUUGACUACAAAAAUGCGUUGGAUAAUCCAGAAUGUUGGAUAAGCGAGUGUUGGAUAAGUGAGAAUCUGCUGUAGUUUGAAGAGAAUUACUUUAAUAUAGAGUUGUAGAAACCUGAUUUGUAUUACAUUUCUUGGGAUUUUUACAAGAGUGUAUAUACACAUACAUCAAUGCUAUGAAAACCUGGGAGUUGCAGUUCCACAAGGUUGUUAGCCUUUGCUACCAAAGAGUGUUGGGGCCUCACCAAACUCCAUCUCCCUGGAUCGCAUAGCAUUGAUCCACAGAAGUUAAAGUGUUGCGUUGGUGCAUGGUCACUCCACCCUUGCAUAACCGAUGCUCUAAUGCCAUCACAUCAUUAGGCGACGGCCAAAACAAUUCAUUUCCAUGUUGCGCCCAUAUAAGGCUGUUUAGACCUAAGUCCUAAGUGAAAUGCAAGCCAUAAAAUAUGAAAUUAUUUUAAAGAAUAUAUAUAAGAAUCUAUAUAUAUAUAUGUAUCAGUAGAAUUCAAAGAGGUUAAAAGCAUGACCAAGAAAAAGAGACCAUACGGACGACACAGAACAUUAUGCAAAGCCCGUUUCCCGUAAGCAAUUUCCUUUCAAAAGCUUGUUGGCACCGAAAGAGAAGAUCUCAAAACACAAACAGACUCAUAUGGGAGAAUCGGGUCCUUCAGAUGUGCCAGAUUCGAGAUAUUUGUGACACAUUUUGAACUCGGACCAGAAACAGAUCAAGAGAUGUUGAUUCAAUGGGAGGAAUCAUACAAUUCACCCUGUAGUGUGUCUCCACUAUAUCGUUCUGUCGGUUUGAUACCGCUUUGCUGGCCUAUGAAGUGCUGUAUUUGUAGUUGUUUACUUUCUGAAGAAGCUCUAGUACGCUCCAAGGUACCCUCAGUAUACCUUGGAAACUGUAACUCUACAGAGCCGUCUAGGGAAGAAUUGGAAGGAUCUCACGCCAAACUACAAAUCCCAUCACCUACGUCUUCAAAGAACUGUCCUAGAGCGCUCCAAUGGAGAACUUCAUCAAACAAGAAACACCGGGUUAAUGUAAACAAGUAAUGAGGUAUCAAACCACUAGAACCUUGUAGUGCAGACUGUAACACCCCUGGGCGGCGCGAACACCGGGAACCAACACAGAAGCCAAUAACAAUAUAAUAUCUUUAUUAAAGCAAUUAAAGUUCCAAAUGGAAAUAAGCAGCAAAGUAAAAGUAGCAAUUGACCUUCCAGAAAAGAUCAAUUUUAGUCCAAUAAGAUAAAGUCUUACGUCUAGUAUUAGAGUUCAAAAUCCAAAAACCGAAACACACUCAAACUCCGUCUGAGUUUUGAGUGGGGAAAGGAGCAGGGAGAAAGAAAAGUCCUUUAGAAUAGAUGUCUAAAACCGGAUUGCAGGACAAGGCAAAACUAGAUGUUCAGGGGCUGAAACACAGUCCCAACGUGGCAAGAAGGUAAACCAACACCAGGUCUACUCCAGAGUAAGCGCACCAUCAGACCGCUUGGAUAUCAGGAACAAGAGACAACAAUGCUUCCCAGUCAGAAGUUAAGUUGACACCACACAGAAGAUUCUCAGCGCAAAACUUUUAAUGAAGUUCAUAGCUCCCCCAAGGCAGGUGCUUGACUCCCCAAUACUUCCUAAGAGAACUGAACCGCCAAAACAUCACACCAGAUGCCUGCCUCCCUAAUUCUUCCCAAGAGAACUGGGUUUAGCCACAAUCACCUCGCUCUGCUAAUUUGACACUUCUUCUUAAACUUUGCCUUUGAGAGCGGUCUGUUUUCAGAAAAGCCCUUCGAUCAAAUGGUAACCCCUCCGGAGAUCCGGGGAGAGCCGGCACCGUCUCAAGGGCAUCCUUAAUUGGCUCUGGCACAGAAAUGUCAACAGGAGACGCCUGGAAAGGAAUUGAAUCUUGCUCACUUGGGAAAAAACCCAAGUUCUCUUCAGUUUGGUCAGCAAUGGCUGCGGGGUCAGGGGCCAAAGGUUCCUGAGACAUCACACAGACAACACCGAUGAUAAUCUUAGAGAAAACAACAGAAACAAUUGGACCACUCGGACAUUGUAGACCAUGUUUCAAGCAGGUGCACUUGCAGAGGGAUGGACAGGCGAGAGGAGCUUUCUUUCCAUGCGGAUUCAGGGAUGAGAGAAAUGCCAGACUUUUGAUCAUAGACUUUGUCCCUGGACAGCUUUCCAAAGCUUCAACUCCCAUUCAACUCCAUUGGCCAUGCUGGAUGAGGAGGAUGGGUGCCUUUGCCCAGCACUCCCUGUUCGGCUUAGCUUUUUAAAAGAGGAAAAUCCCAGUUGUUUUAGUAUUCUGUAGUAUUCAAAUCUUCUCUUUGAAGAUUUGACACAGAUUUCCCAGAUUCUUAUGAUUAUAUUCAUGAAGCUCAGUCAAGAAGGAAGGUGAGUCGAGGACAGAGAGAAAGUGAGGCCAAGGAAAGAAGGAAAGGGCUGGAGUUGUGCAAGCCAGCAUCCACUUUCGACCAUUUCUGGUGGGCAUUCCUGGUUAUUUUGGUGGUUGUUCUGGUUGGCAUUCCUGUUCUGUUGCGAGAGAAGGUGGGACUAUUCAUAUAAUAGAGGGUAUUUCCUUACGCAAAUGGUAUUAGAAAAUGGAAAUUUCCAUAACCUUUUGGAAAUGGAAAUCCCCUUAACCUUUUGGAAAAUGGAAAUCUCCAUAACCUUUUGGAAAACGGAAAUCUCCAUUACAUUUUGGAAAAUGGAAGUCUCCAUAACCUUUUGGAAAAUGGAAGUCUCCAUAACCUUUUGGAAAUGAAGUCUCCGUAACCUUUUGAAAAUGGAAGUCUCCAUAACGUUUUGGAAAAUGGAAGUCUCCAUAACCUUUUGGAAAUGAAGUCUCUGUAACCUUUCAGAAAAUGGAAAUCUCCACGAUGUUUUGGAAAAUGGAAAUCUCCAUAACCUUUUGGAAAUGGAAGUCUCUGUAACCUUUUGGGAAAUGGGAAUCUCCAUAACCUUUUGGAAAUUGAAGUCUCUGUAACCUUUUGGAAAAUGAAAAUCUCCAUAACGUUUUGGAAAUGUUAUGAUCUUUAGAAAAGCAUGACCUUGUUAGAAGGCGUAACCUUUUGAAAAUGAUGCCAUAACCUCUUGAUCUAUUAAGAGUCAUAACCUUUUGGGAAAAUGGCAUUCAUGCAAAGCAAUUAGGUUUCUCAGUUGUUAGACUGAUAAACUUAGAUAUCUCUGAAAUGACUUGAAGGCACAGCAAAACAAUCCUAAUUUUUCACUAUUUCAUCAUAGUCUGGCCCCCAACAGUCUGAGGGACUGUGAAUCGGCCCUCCACUUAAAAAGUUUGAGGACCCCUGCUCUAUACUAUUGAAACACGGACUUCAGUUAUGUUACUAUUGAUGGGUUUUCGCUGAAAUCUUGUUCGUAUGAUUCAGUCGAACUUUGCAUUGUAGCCCUUGACUGCUUUUGCUACAUCUCUCCCCACUAUUAAUACCAUUUCUUCUUGGAUGUUUGUUUCCUGAGUAAAAUAGUGCAUAGUUACCUCACUCAAAACACCCGUUUCCUGUCCACUUUUGCUCACGCACCCCAAGUAUCACAAUGUUUAUAUAUUCCACCUCUUGUUUUAUGAUAUCUAAUAAGACCUUCGCAGAGCAAUUGAGGUGAUUUGGAAGUCUCACGUUCAUUUCAUUGCCAUACAUCUGUUAAGGCUGACUUGACAGCAAUUAACCCCUAAUUAAGUAGCUGAUACAGAGUAGUGGCUGUCGGUGUCAUCAUCUUCAUCAUCUUCAUCCUGCCUUUUUCCUUGUUUAGGACUCAACAGUUAAAGCAACCAUCGCAAAAUAUCCACAGCAUACGAAAGCAAAAGAGCUCAGAACCUGCACUGCACUUUAGAAUAUUUGGUUUCCCCAUUUCCAUGCUGUUUGCCCAUUCUCCUCGAUCGGUGCCAUACAUUGUCUUUCCACUAGAAUUAAAAAGCUAUUAAUCCUGAGGGGAACAUCAGAAAAAAAUGAGGUGCAAUAAAAAGACCUAGAUUUGAGGUUAACUCAGGAAUUGUCCCUUCUCAAUUACGUUUACAGUGGUCAUGAUGUCCGAACCUGGAGAGGUGCAAAGAAGCGGCUAUCCUAUUAGAUGCCGCAUGCUCUAUUUAUUUAUUUAUUGGGUGGUUGUAUGUUUUCCGGGAACAAACAACCCGGAAAACAUACAACCACCCUGUGAUUCUGGCCAUGAAAGCCUUCGAAAACACAUAUUUAUUUAUUAUUUAUUUACAGUAUUUAUAUUCCGCCCUUCUCACCCCGAAGGGAACUCAGGGCGGAUCACAAUGUACAUGGGAAACAUUCAUUAGACAUACGACAUACAGACACAGAGGCAAUUUAACAUUUUCCAGCUUCUGGCUUCAUGAAGGUAUGUUCGAUUCCGACCCCAAGGGAAGCUGCUGCUUCAUCGUCUCUUGUGACACCAAGUCUUUGAUGGAAUACUUCUUCAUACUUCUGCAUGCUGCUUGAUGUUUUUAUGGUGUCGUAAAUUAGUUAAAUUAGCCUCCCUGCAUAAAGCGGUACUGUUGUACCCCAAGGCAGCGUGAGCACUGGAAACCAAACAGAGACCAAUAAUCAUAUAAUAUCUUUAUUAAAACAAUUAUAAAUUCAGGAAUGAAAAAGUGGAAAGGAUGCGCGAGCAAUAGUCCUUUAUGAUAAGGUAUGAAUUAGUCCAAAGAGUUGAAGAGAUAUGUCCAAUAUUAUUGUCCAAAAUCCAGAAACCGAAACACACUCAAAACUGUUGGGAAGUUCUUGAGCAGGGAAACAACAAGAAAGCAGGAGUGAAUAACAAGGUCCAAAGUCACUAGGAAGUUUUUGAUAUCAAGGCAGGAACAAGACGAAACUAAAAGCAAUCAGGAUUCAGGAACAAGGCAAGGACGUGAAAUUACUCCGGUUUAAAUCGGGAGUUGCAGCUCGGCUUGGCCGCCAGGAACAGGAGGCUUGGCUUGGUGAAAUCAGGAAAUUGCAGUCGGUGAAGUGUUCUCAGGAGAUCACUACAUUGACACCACAAAUUGUUCACAGUGUAGGACACUUUUAUGGAACUUAGAUCUAAUCACAGCGAAGGGAAACCAAACUCCCCAAGGUUCCCAAGUGAAUAUCCUAUCCAUUAUCCCCUCUAGAUGCCAAACGUUGACUCCUUCGAAGCCCUUGUUUUUCUGAUCUCUGGUGAUGCAGAAACUCCCUUCUGUUAAAGGAUACAUUCCCUGGAGAACUCGGGACAUCUGGUUCUACCACGGGAGGAAUGUUUUCAGUAUCUCUCCCAAUCAAGGAAGCAUCUGAGCUAUCCACAGCUGGGGUCUGUAAUUGAAAGGAGCUCUGCGAACUAGGUAAAAAGUCAGAAUAAGCUUCAUCCUGGUCAAAGUUCAUUUCGGAAUCAGGUUCAGAACCCAAAGGUGGCUGGGGUAUAACAGGUACCUAAAUUUCCUACUCAACAGGUGCAACUGUCUUUCGAGUUGCUUAGGUCAACAACGAGCUAGGCUAUUUAAUGGUCGAGUGCUCAGUCCGACCCGGGCUGGCAUCGAACUCGGGACCUUUCAGUCAGUAGUGAUUUAUUGCAGCUGGCUACUAAUCAGCUGUGCCACAGCCUGGCCCUAGAGUCCUUACAAUCAUAAAUGGAGCUAGGGAGGUUUCAACGGGGCUAUUAAAGUACAGCAAGGCAGUGGCCUCAGGCAGUAUAUGCUUUGGGGGUGGCAGUAGCCAGUUCUUGGCUGUUUCCAUAAACAUGUCAAUGUUGGGAGGCAGAGAAAUGUACAGGGUGUUCAGGGUUGUUGUAUGUUUUCCGGGCUUCGACAACACAUACAGGGUGUUGGUUCUGAAUGAAUGGGUUGAAGCCAGCUGAAUCCUGCUAGGAGAAAAAAAAUCCAUGCCAUUCCUAAGGAGCUUCCCAAUAUGAGGCAGAAGUUUGGUGUAUCAAGUAGGCAUGUCCGAUCAAUGAAAAAAAUGUUUCAAUUCUCAUUUCUAAAGUAGGGGGUGCUGGCGCUUCGAUAUAGAAAGUAUUUCUGAUUUUUUCACCCAAAAAUUUCGGAUAUUUCCGAAAAUUCGUAAUGAUUCGAAAUGUUUCUAAAAUGGCAGACGUGCAUGAGCAAUCACUACACACCGGGCUUUUAUGGCAAUCUUCCAUGUGGAUGCAGAGGACGUUAGCCCCCACCUUUGCGUCCAUCAUGGAAGCUUCUGAUUGGCCGGGGAGCGGCAGCCAUGUUAGGCUGCGUUAAGCUCCCAUUCAAGGUAGGUUGCAGAAACAAUUUUUUAAAAAAAUAUUUUUUAAAAUAUAUUUAAACAAUUUUUUUUGGGGGGGGGGAAUUAAUGAAACAUUAAGAGACAAUUAGAGAAUGGGCCAACAAUGGUUCGAAUUACAUUGCUGGUUGCGCUGUGAGACAAUGUCUCGGGAUGCGUAUCAAAAAGCGAGAACAAUCUGAAAUAAUUCCGAUAUACGAUUCAAAACAAUUUUUUGGACAUGUCUAGUAUCUAGGAAUGAAGGACAUCCCUACAAACAUAAUAACCCUAAGAAAGGGCAAAGCAGCGUCUUUCAUCCAAAUUCUUGGGUUUGCCUUACCUUGUAGGUGCCUUUAAAAGAAACAAGACAGUCCUCUGCUAAACACAAUCCUAUCAGCAUCUCAUACAGAGAUCAAGUCCUGUCCUGAAAUAGUUGGGCAUUGGAACACAAUGAAUAAACUGAAGGUAGCAGAAACAUAGUUGCACAAAGGUAAUGCAUACUUGCACAUAGUGGUGCAUGGUACUUGGUAGUGUGCACGUGCAUGCUUUUUGCCUGGUUGCACAAGUGCACUAUGUCUGUUUGCAUAUUGCAAUGCACACUGGGUUGCCCAUGGUCUCCAUGCCCUCGCCAUGUGUAGCUCCCUGCAGUUCUAGUGUACAGUUGCUCUCCAUCCCUUCGAUGUAGGAUCUUACCCUUCCGUUUGGGUCUAGUUUGGCUGGGAGGAACCAAUAAAAUGUGAGCCGAGGAUGGCGUUAUAGAAAAAAUGAGAGCACUGCCUCCCCGGAUAAGAAUUCUGCCCCGCAAAGAAAAUUUCAUCCAGUCUCCAAAUUGAUAGCAUUGCCGUAGCUUCAAGCAUUUGGAAAUGAAGUUUGGUCGUCCAAGGAAAGAGUUCCCAAGGGAAUGCGAAUGCAGCAAAUGGAAGAUUUCCAAGUACGGACGAUCUUUGAUGUCUUUGAAUUGCUAGACAUUUGGAAACUCAAAGAAAAAUAUCAUGGGGGGAGUCGAAAUCUUUUUUCGGAGAACAGUGCUCUUAUUUUGCUUAUCCCAAUAGCUAGGCUCCUAAUGCAAACGUAACACUGCAAAUGUAGAUGUUUCUGAUCCUGGGAAUCAGGCGAGCUGGAAAGGCCCACCAUGGCUGGUUAUUCCCCUUCUUUCUCUUCCAUGUUUCACUCCCAUUUACUACUUCUGCCCUGAGAUACCUGGAUCAUGGUUUUAUGGUUCCAGAUUGGUACAAGAACUGAAAUGUCAUCCUGUGCACCAGGGGCGGCUCAACCGCCAGGCAAACUAGGCACUUGCCCGUGGUGCCAUCUUGUGGCAUGCAUGCCCUGGAGACUAGGACACAAUGGACAUCCGUUUCCAGGUGGAAGGCGGUCCCAGUCGGGGUUGGCUUGACGCUCCUUCCUCUUGGCACGUUUCUCCCUUAAGCCCUCCAUUCGAGCCUCUUUGAACUCCGCAGCACUGCUGGUCACAGCUGACCUCCAAUUAGAGCGCUCAAAGGCCAGGGCUUCCCAGUUGUCAGUGUCUCUGCCACAGUUUUUAAGCUUGGCUUUAAGCCCAUCUUUCAAUCUCUUUUCCUGCCCACCAACAUUACGUUUCCUGUUCUUGAGUUCGGAGUAGAGCAACUGCUUUGGGAGACGGUGAUCUUUGGGCAUUCGGACAACGUGGCCAGUCCAGCGGAGUUGAUGGCGUAGGAGCAUCACUUCAAUGCUGGUGGUCUUUGCUUCUUCCAGUACGCUGGCAUUUAUCCGCCUGUCUUCCCAAGAGAUUUGCAGGAUUUUUCUGAGGCAACGCUGAUGGAAACGCUCUAGGAGUUGAGUGUGACGUCUGUAGACUGUCCACGUUUUGCAGAUUAGAGCAGGGUUAGGAGGACAAUGGCUUUGUAAACAAGCACCUUGGUAUCUCUACGGAUGUCCUGAUCAUCAAACACUCUCUGCUUCAUUCGGAAAAAUGUUGCACUCACAGAGCUCUCUGCUUCAUUCAUAAGAAUGCUGCACUCGCAGAGCUCAGGCGGUGUUGUAUUUCAGUGUCAAUGUUGACUUUUGUGGAGAGAUGGCUGCCAAGGUAGCGGAAAUGGUCAACGUUUUCUAAUGUGACACCAUUAAGCUGUAUUCCUGGCUUUGCAGAGGGAUUAGCUGGUGCCUGUUGGAAGAGCACUUUGGUUUUCUCGAUGUUCAAUGAGAGGCUGAGCUUCUCGAGUGCUUCUGCGAAGGUGUUUAGAGUGGCUUGUAGGUCUUCUUCUGAAUGCGCACAGACUACGUUGUCAUCGGCAUCUGCUCCACGUAGAGCUGGGAGAACCUGCACUCCCCAUCAUGCACAAACAAUGGGGUGGAUGGGAGUUAGAGUCACGCUUCUGGAGGGGCUCCAUUUAGCUUUUGUGAUUUCUAGUUCCCGAGGCAUUGCGUCAUCAAGCAAAGAACGGGAAUCUUUCGCGUUUUGAGUUUCGGUGUUCCUUUUCACUCAUAUCACAAUUUAUUUUUGAAAAAAACAACAACAAUAAAAACUUUUUUUGAGAUGAGUAUUUUUUAAAGAAUAUAUAUAUAUAUACAUAUUGGUUCGUGUUCAAGAACAAGAGAAACGGGGAUGACACCUGACAGGUGAAGCCUAGGCUUCAAAGCAUCCGCUCCGUGGCUUCGUCUUCUCGUACAUCGGAAAUGCCGAGCGGGAAGCGGUUCGCUGUCUAAUGGGGUGUUCUUUCAACAGCGUGCAUUUAGUGAGUAGAUCAGUCCGUGUUUGCUACUUGUAUCUUAUCCGCAGUACGGAAAAAAGGCUGUUUGUAAAACAAGGAUUCCCGACGUCCACGGUUCCGGUGAAAUAGGACUGAGCCGGUUGCAAACGGGAAUUCGUGGUUUUUCUUCCCUACCUCUAGAGCAGGGAUGUAAUUAUUUACCCAUUUUGCAAACUUGGGCCCUCCAGGUGUUUUGGACUCCAACUCCCACCAUUCCUAACAGCCUCAGGCCCUUUCCUUUGCCCACUCAGCCUUCUCAGUUCCCUUGUGAAACGGGAGUUUUCUUGAGAAGCCAGAUUAGGUUUGAGAACAGAGGGAGUGAAGAAUAGACUUAAGCGGCUGAAGGGGAAAAGGAAAGGGCCUGAGGCUGUUAGGAAUGGUGAGAAUUGGAGUCCAAAACACCUGGCGGGAGGGCCACAGUUUGCCCACACUUUUGGACCAUUUUCAACCCUUUAAAUCCCUACUCUAGAGGGAAACAUGGCCUGGAAAAAGAAGAAAAUAGGAAGCCUAUACUGCUAGUAAUGAGUUGUGGUUCUUUCUAAUUUUGUUUCUCUCUCCAAAUAAUGUCGUACAACAUGAACCUGAACUGUUGACACUUUAUGCAUGUUGGUAAUCAUAAUAAUAAUAUUAAUAAGGAUAUUAAAAAAGGAAAUAAAGAUUUUAAGAAGA